AUGUCCCCUCGCUAUCCAACAGUAGCCGUCAUCGGCUCCGGCCCAGCGGGCAUCUCAGCCCUAAAAGCACUCCACGACGAGAAAGCUUUCGACAAGAUCCGGGUGUUCGAGAGAAGGGAUGGCCCCGGUGGCACGUGGAACUAUGAUUCCGUUCCUCAAAAGUUCCCUGGGACGUACUCGUCGUCCACGGAUGCGGCUGUGAGGCCAUCCACAUUUCCUGGAACAACAUCGCCGUCGAUACCAAUAGAUGCGACGACGCCAACCGCGAUGUAUAGCUGGUUGGAUACAAAUGUCCCUGCUGAACUGAUGGCAUUUACGCAUACGCCGCUUCCAGAUGCUAAUUCUCCUCUAUCGACGGAGCGAUAUGGAGCUGGGAAUGCGACACGGCCGUAUCAUGCUGUGGCACGGUAUCUUCUAGAUUUGGUGGAGAAAUACCGCGAAUAUAUCUCUUUCAACACGACCGUCGCCUCUGUUGAGAAGACAGACACUGGCAAGUGGAGGCUAACGUUGAGACGACUGGAGGUCAAUGGACAAGCGCCAGGGGACUCGUGGUGGCAGGAGGAGUUUGACGCUGUGAUUGUCGCCACUGGGCAGUACAACGUGCCCUAUAUUCCAAAGAUCGAAGGACUGGAUGAAACUGUACAGACACAUUCAGAAGCACUCGAGCAUGUAAAUGCGUUUCGAUCGCGAGAUGACUAUGCAGGCAAGAAGGUUGUGGUUAUCGGUGGAAGCUUUUCGGCCGGUGACGUUGUUGGAGACAUCUACACACUCGUGCAAGGUCCGCUAUAUGUGUCGCAAAGCUCCCACAGUCCAUUUAUCAACGAGAUAUGGCACCUGCCUCAAGUCGAACUGAAGCCGCCGAUCAGUCGUAUCACAGGCCAAGGACCGUCAAAGGUCCGAGUCAGCUUCUCUGAUGGAUCGGAGAUAGAAGACGUCGACAGGGUCAUAUUUGCGACUGGAUAUCGAUUAUCGUUCCCAUUCUUCUCACCUAAGCCCCUUCUCAUUGCCGACCGAUUACCGGGAGUGUAUCAACAUGUUUUCAAAAUCGGAGACCCUUCCUUGGCGGUUAUUGGGCUUGUCAGGGCACCUCUGCUCUUUCGGAUGAUGGAAUACCAGUCUGUGGCGGCAGCACGGUAUUACGCUGGCCGUGGGGGAGAGCUGCCAAGUCGAACAGACCAAGAGGACUGGGAGGCGGAGCAGGUAAAGGCCAAAGGAGAUGUAUAUACAUAUCACGAUGUGACGAAAGAGAUGAAAGAGCAUAUGGAGUUCCUGCGGGAUCUGGCUGGUCCACCGGCUUCCGGGACGGAUACAUACGAGCUGCCUCCAAUCGCCGAGGAGUGGCUAGAAAAGUGCUUCUCGGUCUUCCAGCUCAAGGACCAGUACUGGGGAAGAGUAAGGCGACAGGAGGAGGACGCUCGGCUGAACAGAAUAUCAUAG